CAACGGCGCCUUCCUGGGUGCCGCGCUGGGCGGCGUGCGGGCGGACGCCAACGGGAGGGUGCUGUCGGCGAGGGCGCUGAAGCUGAUGUAUUAUCUGCGGGAGGACGGCCCCGCGGUGGCGGAGACCCGGCAGUGGCUGGGGGGGCUCUUUCGGGGGCGCCCCAGCAAGAGUAGAAGUCCUUCAUCUUUUCUCUCCUUGUUUUAACAACAGGUGUCUCACUUUACCUCACUGUCCAGACAACAGGAGUUUGAAGGAAAUACCAAGACUGUGAUCCCGCUCUUCUCCGUAACAUAUUUCUUGACAAUAACAUUUUCUAUCAUCUCUUGCCUAAGGCUGAGCUGCAUAAGAAAUAAUGUCUGGCUUGCAUGCUGUGGAGUGGUUUCUGCCGGUUUAGCUGUGUUAAGCAGCUUUGGAUUGAUGCUCUUUUGUGGAGUGCCAUUUGUGGUCACUGUAGCAAACGCACCAUUUCUUAUUCUAGGAGUUGGUGUUGAUGACAUGUUCAUCAUGAUCGCUUGCUGGGAACAAAGUUUAAGAAAAAAAGAGAAAUCUGAGGUUAAAUCUCUGCUGGCUGAGACUUACGCAGAAGCAGCACUUUCUGUGACCAUCACCACUCUCACAGAUGUUUUGGCCUUCUUCAUUGGCACCUGGACUGCUUUUCCAUCUGUGAGGUCAUUUUGCCUCUAUACAGGCACUGCUUUUGUCUUCUGCUAUAUAUAUACCAUGACCUUCUUUGGGGCAAUCAUUGUAUUAAAUCAUAAAAGGGAGCAGGGAAACCGACACUGGCUGACUUGUAUGCCUGUGGGAGCAGAUAAAGAUCAGGCUGCAAUGUCCUGCUUGUACAAUGCUUGCUGCAUAGGCAGCUGUUCUAGGGAGUCAUCUCAGCUAGAAACCAAACAGUUAGAAAGUGAACAUCCAAUGAGCAUAUUCUUUGAAAAGUAUUAUGGUCCUUUUUUAACAAACAAAUGGAUCAAGCUGCUUGUGGUGUUGCUGUAUGGAGCGUAUUUGGGUAGCAGUGUUUAUGGAUGUACUCAUAUCAGGGAAGGCAUUGAUCUUAGAAAUCUGGCGAGUGAUGACUCUUACGUUAUCCCAUACUAUGACGACGAUGACAAAUACUUCUCAGCCUAUGGACCGAGGGUCAUGGUUGUCAUUACUGACAGUGUAGAUUACUGGAAUGAGACUGUUCGUCUUGACAUUGAGAACUGCACACAGAAUUUAGAGGGCAUUUCCUAUGUAGAUGGGAACCUCUCAGAGUCAUGGCUGAGAGUAUACACAAAGCUUGCAAGCAGUGGUUUGAUAAGUAUAAGCAAUAAGACUCUUUUUGUUAAUAACUUACCUACACUGUUCCGAAUUGUUCCCAGUUUUGAGUGGGACGUUAACAAGACUCAGGAUAAAAUAGAAGCUUCACGUUUCUUCAUCCAGACGGUGAAUGUGACCUCAGCUGUUGAUGAGAAGAAUCUUCUCAAUCAGUUAAGAGAGACAGCCGAGCAGUGCAGUACUCCGUUAAUGGUGUACCACCCUGCGUUCAUCUACUAUGACCAGUACCUGGUCAUAGUGCAGAACACCAUUCAGAACAUUGUUGUCGCUGCUGGGGCAAUGCUCGUUGUCUCCCUUCUGCUUAUUCCCAACCCGUUGUGUUGCUUGUGGGUGACUUUUGCUAUAGCUUCUGUUAUAGUUGGUGUUGCUGGCUUUAUGACGUUUUGGAAGGUCAACCUAGAUUCCAUAUCCAUGAUCAACCUGGUCAUUUGUAUAGGGUUUUCAGUAGAUUUUUCUGCUCAUAUUUCCUAUGCCUUUGUUACAAGUGGAGAGACAUCAGCUAAUAAAAGGGCAACCGAAGCUCUGUCCUUGCUAGGUUACCCAGUAUUACAAGGUGCAGUUUCUACUGUACUAGGAGUAGCUGUCCUGGCUGCAGCAAAAACCUACAUCUUUAGGACAUUUUUCAAGAUCAUGUUCCUUGUUAUUUUGUUCGGGGCUCUUCACGGUCUUGUUUUUAUUCCAGUGUUUUUAACUUUUUUUGGAAACUUAGGCAGAUCAUCCUACAAUACCAAAUCUGAAAAGCUAGAGCUUAGGUUCAGACAUGAUAAAGAUUGUCCAUGA